AUGGAAGAACAGCAGCCGGAACCUAAAAGUCAGCGCGACUCGGGCCUCGGCGCGGCGGCGGCAGUGGCGGCGGCGGCGGCCCCCGGCAGCCUCAGCCUGAGCCUCAGCCCCGGCGCCAGCGGCAGCAGCGGCAGCGAUGGAGACAGCGUGCCGGUGUCUCCGCAGCCCGCGCCCCCCUCGCCGCCCGCGGCGCCCUGCCUGCCGCCCCUGGCCCACCACUCGCAUCUCCCCCCGCACCCCCCGCCCCCGCCGCCGCCGCCGCAGCAGCAUCUCGCGGCGCCUGCUCACCAGCCGCAGCCCGCGGCCCAGCUGCACCGCACCACCAACUUUUUCAUCGACAACAUCCUGAGGCCGGACUUCGGCUGCAAAAAGGAGCCGCCGCCGCCGCAGCUCCUGGUGGCGGCGGCGGCGGCGGCCGGAGGAGGCGCAGGAGGAGGUCGGGUCGAGCGUGACAGAAGCCAGACCGGCGCAGGUAGAGACCCUGUCCACCCGCUGGGCACGAGGGCGCCAGGCGCCGCCUCACUCCUGUGCGCCCCGGACGCGAACUGUGGCCCACCCGACGGUUCCCCGCCAGCCACCGCCGGCGGAGCGAGUGCGUCCAAAGCUGGGAACCCGGCAGUGGCGGCGGCGGCGGCGGCUGCGGCGGCCGUGGCAGCGGCGGCGGCAGCAGCGGCGGCCAAACCUUCGGACAGCGGCGGUGGCAGUGGAGGCGGCGUGGGGAGCCCGGGAGCGCAGGGUGCUAAGUACCCGGAGCACAGCAACCCGGCCAUCCUGCUAAUGGGCUCAGCCAACGGCGGGCCCGUAGUCAAAACUGACUCGCAGCAGCCCCUCGUGUGGCCCGCCUGGGUCUACUGCACGCGCUACUCGGAUCGUCCGUCCUCCGGUCCGCGCACCAGAAAGCUAAAGAAGAAGAAGAACGAGAAGGAGGACAAGCGGCCGCGGACGGCGUUCACGGCCGAGCAGCUGCAGAGACUCAAGGCGGAGUUCCAGGCGAACCGCUACAUCACCGAGCAGCGGCGGCAGACCCUGGCCCAGGAGCUCAGCCUCAACGAGUCCCAGAUCAAGAUCUGGUUCCAGAACAAGCGCGCCAAGAUCAAGAAAGCCACGGGCAUCAAGAACGGCCUGGCGCUGCACCUCAUGGCGCAGGGACUAUACAACCACUCAACCACUACGGUCCAGGACAAAGACGAGAGCGAGUAGCCGCCGCCGGCAGGGGCCGCGCGGUCCGGCCGCCGCGCCCGCGCCCCCUCCUGGUACCGCCACCGCCGCCUUGCCGGCCCCACGCCCCGGGAGAAAUAGUCAGCGCAAAGGAGGAGGAAGGGAACAACAGCGAAAAGAGAGAGAAAGGGGUCCCCAGGACGGAGAGUCGCGUUGGAACGAGACAUUUUUCCAAAGGGAGAAAGACUCGGACAGGUGCUAUCGAAAAAUCAGAUCAGUUCUCUCUUCACAGUAUAAGGGACGAAACUGCGAACUCCUUAAAGCUCUAUCUAGCCAAACCGCUUACGACCUUGUAUAUAUUUAAUUUCAGGUAAGGAAAAGAAUUAUGUGUAGCGAUCUCUAUUUGCUGGACUUUUUAUUAAUCUCCUUUAUUAUUAUUGUUAUAAUUAUUAUAAUUAUUAUAAUUAUUUUAUCCCCCGCCUCCGCCUCGCUGCCCCCAGCCCAGUUUCGUUUUCUUUUGAAUGUUACUGCUUCUCCGGUGCCUCCCGCCCCGCAUCGCUGGCCCUCGUUUCUCUGGGACUUUUCUUUGUGUGCGUGAGAGUGUGCUUCCUCGCGUGUCUGCCCUUCUCCCGGCCCCUUCUGUCGGUCUGUCUGUCCUGCUCCCCACCCCUUUCGUUUUCCGGAGACUUGUUGAGAAAUACGACCCCACAGACUGCGAGACUGAACCGCCGCUACAAGCCAAAGAUUUUAUUAUGUUCAGAAACCUGUAGUCUGAAAUAAAGUGUACGCUGUGCUCA